AUGGCAAUUGUUGUCCCUAUCCCUUCCUCAAUCACAGCUACAAAUGCAAACACGGCUGCAGCUGGUUUGUCUUAUGAAUCAACCGUCAGUAAAAUAACCACGAGAGUUAUAUUUGGAGUGUAUGGAGCUUGUGUAGAAGCAUCCGGUUUGACUGGCGGCUACGUAUGCGCGUCGAGUGCUGGUACUGCUUAUUCUACUUCAGCCGGCGGUGUAAUAACAUCAUUUAUGUUGUUUUCCGCCGGAAUUUAUACUCGUAGUCAUCAAAUUGUAUAUAAAAAAGCGACAUGGGCCGUCGCAUUAUUCAGUUCUUUUAUCAUUAUGUUAGCAAUGGCAGGACAAAUUGACCAUUUUUUAAGACUCAAAAGGCUGCUUACUCUUUUUGGUGGUGUUGAUGGUACUACUGUGAGUCUUGGUGCCGGUGGAUUUAUUCUUGUGUUUAUAUCUUUCAUAACCUCAGUCUUGGCAGCUUACGCAUUUUACGUUGGAGAACAACGAGGGGAAAAUGACGCCAAUGGUUCCAACUAUAAUAACUUUAACAACUAUAACGGAAAUAUGAGCACGGGAAUGGCCAAUCAGCAACCCCAUUAUCCUCAAUCUUAUUCCACUCCACAAGCGUCCCAACCUUAUUCAAAUCCUCAAUCUUAUCCAAAUCCCCAAUCUUAUCCAAACAAUCAAUCUUAUCCGCCUCAACCUUAUUCAAAUCCCCAACCUCAUCCAAACAAUCAAUAUUAA